AUGAGUGAUCUUCAUAAAUCAUUAUUGAACAAUAACAUCUCUUUUGAUUAAUUAUUUGAGGUACCUUAACUUAUUUAAUCUUAGAGUAUUAAAGCCUAACUCAUAGAUUACUAAUAAAGUGUUGACGAAUUAUAAGUAUUAUUGAAUUAAUAAAUAAUUUAUAUAUAUUAUAAUAUUUAUAAUUAAUAAAAUCUUAGAUAAUUAAAAAUGUUGAUCAAAUCAAAAAAGACUAAUAAGUUAAAGAAUAUUAAAAAUAAUUAUAAAAAUCUCAAAAAGAAUUGACAUCAAAGAGAAGUGAAUUAUCAAGUCUUAAUGAUUAACUGAAAAAUAAAGAUAUCAAUUUGCAAAUGGCUCAAAAUAUGAAUAGAACAUAUGAAUAAGAAUUAUAAAAACUAAGCAGAAAAAAUAGUGGAUCUCAGAAAAAACCGACAAAAUGUUAUGAAACGUUAACUCUUGAAAUACAAGAAUUAACUCACAAUAAUUCAUUACUUAAAUAAUAGUUAUUAUAAACCUAAAAGAAAAUAAAAGAAUUGACAAAUGAAUUGUCAACUAAAGAUUAAUAAUUAAUAGAAGUUUUCAAUUAAAUUGAUGAAAUUAAAUUACACAUGUAAUAAAACAGCAAUAAAGAAGAUGAAUUAAAAGAAGCUAUGGAAUAUUUAGAAAUUAAAGAUUUAGAAAUUGAAAGAUUACAUCGAGAACUUGAAAAUUAUAAAAGGAACAUUAAAGAUAAUCCAUAAAUUAGAGACCUUUAAAAUCUCUUAUUAGUUAUGUCUAGAAGUUUAUAAGAAAAAGAAUAAUAACUAUUAAGAUAUUAAUAAUACAAUUGA